AUGACAGGACCGGACCAAUUAAAGGAGCAAUAUUUUAAGAAGUUUGAUAAAGGUAAUUCUAAUAACAAAGGCGAUGUUCGAGAAGUGUUGUUACAUUUUAAACCUCCUAAUCAAGAGUUAACAAACUUGGGAAAGAUUCUUGCACAAAAUUUCAUGGAAACAUAUUUUGAGUGUAAUAUUAGAGAAAAUGGAACAGCCUUCACAUAUUUAAAUGAUUGGGUAAACAUGAAAAAGGAUAUUUAUACAUAUAGUGGAAGAGAUUGCUCUAAAAAUGAAUUAUGGAAUAAAUUUAUGGAAGAUUUAUGGAAAAAGUUAAUACAAUCACGAGAAAAUUGUACAUACUGUGCUAGAUCAACUACAAAUUAUAUAUGUAGUGAUAAUUCUGGAUCUUAUAAAUCUGAUAAAUAUGCAUAUACGAAUUUUUCAAAAUCGCCUGGAAGUAGAAUAUUUUUCCCCAUUUUUGGAACAUUUUCCAUUAUAUUUUGUUUUAUAUAUAAAUUUACUACUUUUGGUACAUGGUUUAAUGGUGAGGUAAAAAAAUUCUGGAAAUUAAAGAAAUAUAACUAUAAAGAAAAUAUUGACAAAUUAUUACGAAGUAAAGAAAAUUAUAUAGAUUAUACAGAUAACAGAAUGAAUAGAUUAUUUAACAGUUAUAUAGAAAAAUAA